UAAUGUUGCCCUAGGUCUGGCCAGGAGGCCUCAUGCCCAGAGACCUGCCCCACCUCUUGUUGUAGCAGGACCAUGGUACCCAGGGGCCACCACCGCAGCCUGCGCCUUCUGCUCCUGCUCCUGCUCCCCCCAGAGUGCUUGGGAGCUGAGGGAAUGCUGGCUCACAAGCUGUUCCGUGACCUCUUCACAAACUACACACGUGCCCUGAGACCUGUGGCAGACACAGACCAGACUCUGAAUGUGACCCUGGACGUGACAUUGUCCCAGAUCAUUGACAUGGAUGAACGGAACCAGGUGCUGACCUUGUACCUAUGGAUCCGUCAGGAAUGGACAGAUGCCUACCUACGAUGGGACCCUGAUGCCUAUGGUGGGCUGGAUGCCAUCCGCAUCCCCAGCAGUCUUGUAUGGCGGCCAGACAUCGUACUCUAUAACAAGGCGGACGCGCAGCCUCCCGCCUCGGCCAGCACGAACGUGGUGGUGCGGCACGACGGUGGCGUGCGCUGGGACGCGCCGGCCAUCACGCGCAGCUCGUGCCGCGUGGACGUGUCGGCCUUCCCGUUCGACGCGCAGCGCUGCGGCCUGACGUUCGGCUCGUGGACGCACGGCGGCCACCAGCUGGACGUGCGGCCGCGUGGCACAGCCGCCAGCCUGGCCGACUUCGUGGAGAACGUGGAGUGGCGCGUGCUGGGCAUGCCGGCGCGGCGGCGCGUGCUCACCUACGGCUGCUGCUCCGAGCCCUACCCCGACGUGACCUUCACGCUGCUGCUGCGCCGCCGCGCCGCCGCCUACGUGUGCAACCUGCUGCUGCCCUGCGUGCUCAUCUCGCUGCUCGCGCCGCUCGCCUUCCACCUGCCCGCAGACUCGGGCGAGAAGGUGUCGCUUGGCGUCACCGUGCUGCUGGCGCUCACCGUCUUCCAGCUGCUCCUGGCCGAGAGCAUGCCACCGGCCGAGAGUGUGCCGCUCAUCGGGAAGUACUACAUGGCCACGAUGACCAUGGUCACAUUCUCCACAGCACUCACCAUCCUUAUCAUGAACCUGCAUUAUUGUGGUCCCAGUGCCCGCCCAGUGCCAGCCUGGGCCCGGGCCCUCCUGCUGCGACACCUGGCACGGGGCUUGUGUGUGCGGGAACGAGGGGAGCCCUGUGGGCUGUCCAGGCCACCCAAGUCAUCCUCCAGUCCCCAGCCUCCUGAGGGAAGGGCUAGUCCCCCAGCAGGCCCUUGCCAGGAGCCACGGUGUCUGUGCCAUCAGGAAGCCCUAUUGCACCAUGUAGCCACCAUUGCCAACAUCUUCCACAGCCACCGGGCUGCCCAGCACCGCCAUGAGGACUGGAAGCGCCUGGCCCGUGUGAUGGACCGCUUCUUCCUGGGCAUCUUUUUCUCCAUGGCCCUGGUCAUGAGCCUCCUGGUGCUGGUGCAGGCCCUGUGAGGGACUGGGACUGGGUCCUAGGGUCAGCUACAGCCACAGCCCAUCGAGACGGGGAUGGCAAAGGCCUGGUCAUUGUUGGUCCUCAGAUAGCCAGCCAGUCUCCCCCCACUGCUCCCCAACUUCACAGUCCAUGAGGGAGCAUUCAAGACCAGAACCUGCCAUUCUCUUAAUUCCUAAAGAGGAGGAACUCUAGGAAGGUCAAGAUCAAAGUACAGUCUCGGAGGGCCAGAACCGAACAUCCAUGAUGGGCAUCAGAGCUUUUCGUGGCAAGAGUGCGGGUUAUUAUAUAAGAAACAGAACUGCCGUAUUUCUUGUCUCCCAUCCUGUGUGGCUGUUGUUAUAGGGACUUGGUCUUGCUUGUCCAUGCCUAGGAGUUAAGGGAAGGGGAGUGGGGAUUCAUGGUCUGGUUUCCAGAGCAGGAAGCCACACAGACAUUUGUCCAGAAAGCCCCAACUCCUAAUAAAGUGUGUGCCUAGCA